AGCUCCUGACGACCACACGUGUCGUCUUCUCACUGGUUCGUUGACCUCUUGGGAAGUGAUCCUUUUUAGGGUUCUUUGUCCUCAAACUCCGUUUGCCCUAAUUCAGUACCCGAAGAGAGAAAUCUCCAACGAACGAACUUUUCUAGGAAUAAAGGACGAACAGAGGAACGAUGUCUCCAGCUGAGUCAUCCCGUGAGGAAAAUGUGUACAUGGCUAAGUUGGCAGAACAGGCGGAGCGGUAUGAGGAGAUGGUGGAGUUCAUGGAGAAUGUAGCAAAGACGGUGGAGACGGAGGAGCUCACAGUGGAGGAAAGGAACCUCCUAUCUGUUGCUUACAAGAAUGUGAUUGGGGCCCGUAGAGCCUCGUGGCGCAUAAUAUCCUCCAUUGAGCAAAAGGAGGAGAGUCGUGGGAAUGAAGAUCACGUGAACAUUAUCAAGGAGUACCGCAGCAAGAUCGAGGCUGAGCUCAGCAAGAUCUGUGAUGGGAUUCUCAAGCUUCUUGAGUCUCACCUCAUACCAUCGUCUACAGCUGCGGAGUCCAAGGUGUUCUAUCUCAAGAUGAAGGGUGAUUACUUUAGGUACCUUGCUGAGUUUAAAACUGGCACUGAGAGGAAAGAGGCAGCUGAGAGCACACUCGUGGCCUACAAAUCUGCUCAGGACAUUGCUCUUGCUGAGCUGACCCCAACUCAUCCAAUAAGGCUGGGUCUGGCACUCAACUUUUCAGUAUUUUAUUAUGAGAUUCUUAACUCACCUGACCGUGCUUGUGCUCUAGCAAAGCAGGCAUUUGAUGAAGCCAUCUCAGAGCUGGACACUUUGGGUGAGGAAUCUUACAAAGAUAGCACAUUGAUCAUGCAGCUUCUCCGAGACAAUUUGACUUUGUGGACUUCUGACAUCACAGAGGAAACUGGAGAUGAGAUCAAGGAUGCCCCAAAAAAAGAGUCUGGAGAGGCACAGUGAUAUUUGUCCAUAUAUUCCAGGCCAUUGAAAUGUGUGAGCAGGUACUGGGAUAUAAAGAUAAGCUGAGCUGCCUGUACUUUUGGUUUUUAAUUUAUAGAAAUGUAGCCCACAUUCUUAUGCUUGGAGAUAAAUUACUCAAAACUGUUGUGAGCAUAUGGAUGGACUAUGAACCUUUCAAACAAACAUGUUUAAUGAUUGAUAUUCAUGCGAAGGUAUUUUUCUACAAUGUUAUUGGUAU